AUGCGUUGGAAUUUGGCCCUGCUGAUGGUCCUCGCCGUCCUGGCCCUCAUCCAGACCGUCGCCGCCUGGGAAGAAGGCGAUUUCGAGAUCUUUGAUCUUGUCGACGCCCUCGAGAAGGCCGAGGGUCCUGAAAUCAACUUUUACACAUAUAUCGGUGUCACCCAGAAGACUCCAAAGCCUGAAAUCGAGCGUGCCUUCCGCAGGAAGUCGCGCACCCUCCACCCCGAUAAGAACAAGGGACCUGGAGCACAGGAAAAGUACGCCCGCCUCUCAAGCAUUAUCUCCAUCUUGCGUGAUGACGGCAAGCGCGACCGCUACAACUUCUUCCUCAAGAACGGUGUCCCUCGCUGGCGUGGAUCCGCUUACCUCUACAGACGUCACCGCCCCGGCUUCAAGGCCGUGGUCGUCUUCUUGUUCAUCCUCGCCUCUGGAUUCCAGUACUUGGCUCGUUAUGUCGGUUAUGUUCAGGAGCGGAAACGCAUGACGGGAAUGAUUGACCAGUACAAGGAGAUGGCUCGUGAGCAGCAGCAAAAGACCCUUGAGGGACCUAUUACUGGACGCCAGCGUCGUUCUGGAACCUUGACACCCGAGGCUGUCAUCCCUCUGGAGGAGAUCGAGGGUCCCAUGUAUGCUGUCAACCAGUACGGCGAAGAAAUCGAAUUGACUCUUGACAACGUUCACCCUCCCAAGGUCAAGGAUGUGAUUAUUGCCCGUCUGCCCUUCUGGGCCGUCAAGCUGGUCCUCUUGCCCUUCCCCAAGUCCAUCAAGGACUCUGUCUAUGCCAUGAGCAUCUUUGAGAGCAUCCGCCCCGAGGGUGACAAGGCCGAGUCCGACGCCAACAUGCGCAAGGUCCGCAAGGCAGAGUUGGCCAAGAAGCGUGCCGCCAAGCGUGCUGCUCAGCAGAAGCAGUCGCCCAGCGUCAGCGAUGACGAGGAGGUUGCUUAUGGAUCCGAGGAGGACGAUGAGGCCGCCUUGGCUGCUCGUGCAAAGGAGGAGGAGCUCGCAGCUGCCAGGAGACGUCGUCGCAUGAAGGCUCCCGGCCAGGCCUCUCUCAAGGGUGGACGUCGUGGAUAG